AUGUCGCACCUCGAGGCUGUGUCGGCCUUUGUGGAGGGAGCCCCCCCCGGCGAGUCCAUCACAGCCGAGACGGAGCCUGAGCUCGUCGACCAACUCACCCCGGCCUUCAAGAAGUACAACGAGGAGCAGUUCAUCACGGUGAAGCUUCCUGGAAGCAGCCAGCCGGUCAUCAUCAGCUCGCACAACUCCAUCGGUGACGACCGGUAUUUCGACGUUGAGACCUCGUGCAGCUUCUCGUUCGACCACGCUACACAGACUGCCAGUGACGUGCAGAGCUACGGCGUCGAUGGUCCCCAGGCCGACCUUGUCAAGUCGACGCUCAAGGCCCUAGGCGUCUACGUCAAGGAACACUACCCUAACGCUGCGUAUGGCGUAUACCCUACCGAGUCGGACAGCAAGGUUGCCGUCGUCAUCGUGGCCAGCAAAUACAGCCCCAGCAACUACUGGAACGGUCGUUGGAGGUCCUUCUACAUCUUCAACCCGUCGGACGGUAGCCUCGAGGGCUCCGCCAAGGUUGACGUCCACUAUUACGAGGACGGCAACGUGCGCCUCCUGACGGACAAGGGUGUGUCGGCUUCGGUGCCCUCGGGCACGGGCGCCGGGAUCGCAAAGGAGAUUUCGGCCGCCGAGAAGAAGUACCAGGACGAGCUGAACAGGGGCUUCGUCAGCCUCAGCGAGGGUGCCUUCAAAGGUCUGCGGAGACAGCUACCUGUAACCAGGCAGAAGAUUGAGUGGGACAAGGUCACCGGUUACCGUCUUGGCCAGGACAUUGGCGGUGGAAGCUCCAAGAGGUGA